CCACGCCCCGAUCCUCCUCCCCGGGAGCCUUCAAUGCCCACACCAUCUCCCUCUAUCACUGUCACCUCGCCUCAGCAGUUCGCUCACUUCAUUCGACAGGACGACGUCACCUUCUUUAUGGUGGAUGUGACUGAUCUCUUACACUAUGAUCCACACUGUCCAGACGCCGAGCUCAUCCCUCUGAAGCCAGAUCCUCCCUCUAUCUCCAUGACUCCCAUCUCUACUUCCGUCCUUCCGCCGUCCGUCGAGUCCACCCCGCCAUCGCGCGUUGACGCUGACGCUGAGGAACUCGCACGAUAUACGGCUGACUUGGAGCCCGCAGUUCAUGAUCUAAUCCGAGAGUACCACGACGUUUUCCCAUCGUCAUUCUCGUACGUCAGCAUCCCACCGAUGCGUGACGUCGAGCACUCCAUUCAGCUCGUGCCUGACUUUUGUGUUCACCACCAGGCACCCUACAAACUCUCGAUCCCCGAGGCCACCGAACUCAAGCGUCAGCUUGAGGAGCUCCUGAGACUGGGUUUCAUUAAACCCAGCGACUCCCCGUGGGGUGCACCCGUCCUCUUUGUUCGCAAAGCGGAUGGAACUCUUCAUCUCUGCAUUGACUACCGCGGCCUCAACCGCUACACGGUUAAGAACAGCUACCCCAUGCUUCGUUCCGAUGAGCUGUUUGACCGCCUAGCAGGCAACCGCUUCUUUACGAAGAUUGAUCUUCGUAGCGGUUACCAUCAGAUCCGCGUCGCUGCAGCCGACCAGCCGAAGACCGCGUUCCGAUCGGGAUUCGGCCACUACGAGUUCACGGUGAUGCCAUUCGGCCUUACCAACGCACCCGCUACCUUCCAGAGGGCGAUGAACGACAUCUUCAGGGACAUCCUGGAGCAGUACGUUCUCGUCUACCUCGAUGAUAUCCUGGCUUAUAGUCGUACCCUUGACGAGCACCUCAGACACCUCCGCGACGUCCUUGACCGCUUGCGCAGACAUGGCUUCUACACCAAGCUAAGCAAGUGCCGCUUUGCCCUGCACAAAGUGGAUUUCUUAGGAAACUACGUGUCUGACCAGGGUCUCCACAUGGACGACGCGAAGAUCACUGCUAUUGCCGAGUGGCCCGCUCCCACAUCCGCCAAGCAGCUUCGCAGUUUCCUAGGCCUGAUUAGCUACUAUAGUAACUUCAUCCGGGGAUACGCUAGCCGAUUUUGGCGACGGCUCCACGAGGUGUACGACACUCUGCUCCGCUUCUCCUCGUCUUACCAUCCUCAGACUGAUGGUCAGACCGAGAUCACGAACAGGACUCUCGGGGAUAUUCUCCGAAAGAUUGUUCGUGACGACCAGCAGUGGGAUCUCCAUCUUGCCCACGCGGAGAUAUCCUACAACCACGCCGUUUCGCCAGCCACGGGGAUGUCGCCUUACUAUUGCGACCUUGGCUAUCACCCGCGUGUUCCCGCGGACUUCCUUCGACCGUCCCAGAUGCACCCUGACACGAGUUGUCCCGCGCUGGAUGAUUGGGUUGCACACAUUACGUCGAUUAUGAAGACCACACAUGAGCACAUAGCCGCUUCCCAGACUCCCAUGGCAGCACGUGCGACCCGAUCGAGGAUGGAUCACCCAUUGAAGGUCGGUGAUGAUGUGCUUAUCGACGCCCGCCACUUACAGCUCGAAGCGGAUACGCUUCGCAAGUUUCGGCGUCGCUUCUUUGGCCCACGCAGCAUUCUCCAGGCCGUCGGUUCUGAUACGGCAUCUCGCCCGAUCAGCUUUUGUAUGAAGCUGCCGGACUACCUACGUCAGGCUCGUGUGCAUGAUGUCUACUACGUCUCGUUCCUUAUCGCAGACCGUCUGAGCGUUUCGCUGGACGACCAUACGAGCGCCCUCCACCCAUCAUUGUGGACGGCCACGAGGAGUUCCUCGUUUCAGACAUCAUUGGUCGCCGAGUCACCGACGACAACCCUCCUCACGUCGAGUAUCUUGUACGUAGGAAGGGUUACCCUGAUGAGGAGGCUACCUGGGAGCCCCUCGAGCACUUGCAGCACGCUCGCAUGUUGGUGCGUGCCUAUGACCAUGCUCGUCGUGCUGGGUUCACUGCUCCUCAGCCCACUUACCCUCCUCCUUCUCCUCCGGCUGAGGAGACCGCUGAAGUUGAGCCUGCUCCAUCUAAGGCAGACCUUCAGCAGCAGCCAGAUGCUUCUGAGCGUCCAUAGCGCACUCGUUGUCGUCAUGCUCGAUACGACGAUUGACUCUAACUUACCUUCCCACGUCUUUGACUUCUCAGUACUCCAUCCACAUCAGUUUUGCUACUUCAGCUCGUCGACGCUGCGGCUUUUCCUCGACGGCAUUCCGGACUUCUCAUUGUGGACGUCAUCGGCAGCUUCAUGGACUUCAUCACGAUCAGCUCUGGCUACUUCAGACGUCGCCACUCUCUUACCACUCUACCCUGUACAGUACCCUGCUUGUGUUGCAUGAUGGUCUCCCUUUAGCCGGGUUCCU